CUACAUACUUUUGAGAGGAAAGACAUAGAAAUAUAUAGGUCUGUGUUCGAGAAUCGAUUAGUUUGUACUUCCUGCAUUCAGAUAUAGAGUCUACAUAUUUUUCUUCACAAAAGAAUGGGUAUGUUGAUGUAUGCCGCUAACUAGAAAAAGUUUUCAGGAAUACCUGUCCAUACACAACCAAGACCUCUUGAAGUUUUCAGCUCAUGAUAGUCUACAAUUGAAAAAGUACAAUGACAUCCAUCAUAAAAGUUCAUGCACUUUCUGGUGCAAGAGAUGAAUCCCCUCCUUGCUACAUGCUGCAAGUGGAUGACUUUAGAUUUCUCUUGGAUUGUGGUUGGGAUGAAGAUUUUAGCAUGGACUUUGUGAAAGAUUUAUGCAGAGUUACUCAUCAAGUUGAUGCAGUCUUACUGACAUACCCAGAUCACCUUCACCUUGGUGCUCUCCCUUACCUGGUUGGCAAAGGUCAUCUCAAUUGUCCAAUCUACGCCACUGUGCCAGUGUAUAAAAUGGGCCAGAUGUUUAUGUAUGACCUCUAUCAGUCUCGACAUAACAGUCAGGACUUUGACAAGUUUACAUUGGAUGAUGUUGAUGUAGCCUUUGAUAAAAUCCUCCAGUUGGAAUACUCACAGACUAUUACACUUAAAGGUAAAGGUCAUGGCCUUCAGAUCACACCACUUCCUGCUGGUCACAUGAUUGGUGGAACUAUCUGGAAGAUUGUAAAAGAUGGAGAGGAGGAGAUAGUCUAUGCUGUGGAUUACAAUCAUAAGAAAGAAAGACAUUUAAAUGGAUGUCAGCUGGAUCAGAUCUCAAGACCAUCACUUCUUAUCACAGAUACAUUGAAUGCUCUGUACAACCAACCAAGUCGCAGACAGAGAGAUGAGCAGCUCAUGACAACUAUCCUUCAGACAAUGAGGAAUGAUGGGAAUGUGCUUGUAGCUGUGGAUACAGCUGGGAGAAUGUUGGAGCUGGCACAGCUAAUGGAUCAAAUGUGGCGAAGUUCUGAGUCUGGACUAACAGCUUAUUCCUUGGCAUUACUUAAUAAUGUCAGCUUCAAUGUAGUGGAGUUUGCUAAGUCCCAGGUUGAAUGGAUGAGUGAUAAAGUGAUGAGGUCUUUUGAAGAUCACAGAAACAAUCCAUUCCAGUUGAAACAUGUCCGCCUAUGUCACAACCUGGCUGAGCUUGCUCGAGUCCCUGAGCCCAAGGUUGUCCUGGCCAGUACACCGGACCUUCAAUGUGGCUAUUCCCGAGAUCUCUUUGUUGCCUGGUGUGGACAUUCUAAAAACAGCAUCAUACUGACCAGUAGAACGUCUCCUGGAACUCUAGCUCGAUGGCUGAUGGACAACCCCCAAGACCACGUGGUCCGACUAGAGAUAAAGCGACGGAUCAAGCUUGAAGGCACUGAACUUGAAGAGUACAUGAAAAAGAAAUUAGAAAAAGAACAAGAAGCCAGUAGGCUCAAGGACGAGCAGGCACGAAAGGAGAAGGAAGAGAUGGAGUCCAGUGACGAAAGUGAAGUUGAACUAGAGACAGAAGAUCUUUAUGGUGGACGGCCUAAAGGCAAACAUGAUUUGAUGAUGAAAGCACAGGGCAAGUCCAGAACUGGUUUCUUCAAACAGGCCAAGAAGUCCUACCCAAUGUUUCCUUUUGUGGAAGAGAAGGUGAAGGCCGACGACUAUGGAGAAAUUAUAAGAGCAGAAGAUUACGUCAUUGCUGAAGGAAGUGCUGCUGACGAGGAGAUGAAACUUGUGGAAACUAAAGACCAAGAUGAAACAUUACAAGAUCCAAGUGAGGUUCCUACUAAAUGUAUUUCUUCCACUGUGACAUUGGACAUCAACGCCAGAGUCCAGUUCAUUGACUUUGAAGGUCGCUCCGAUGGCAAGUCGAUCAAGAAAUAUUUAUCACAAAUGAAACCAAAGCAACUGAUUUUAAUCCAUGGUCCCGAGGAAGCAACUCUGAAUCUUGGAGAUUACUGUCAAACAUUUGUUGAAGGCAAUGUUUACUGUCCCAGAGUUGGAGAUGUUAUUGAUGCCACCACAGAGAGACAUAUCUACCAGGUGCGGCUUAGAGAUCAUCUGGUCAGUUCUCUGGAACUUUCAAAAGCCAAAGAUAUGGAGCUGGCCUGGGUAGAUGGACAGUUGGAUGUCCCCCCAGUGGAGGAAGAAGAGGAGGAGGACAUGGAAGAAACGGAGGAGAGUAGCAAGGAAAUUAACAAGAAGAGAAAAGAUCAACUCUCCACAAGUUUACCAACAUUAGAAGCUUUACCUCCAGCUCUGGUUCCAGCUCACCCAGCUGUUUUUAUCAAUGAACCCAAACUUUCUGAUUUUAAGUUGAUUCUGAUCAAUGCUGGUGUUCAGUGUGAGUUUGUUGGCGGAGUUUUAAUCUGUAACAAUCAAGUAGCAGUCAGACGUGAUGCUGCAGGCCAAAUGAAACUGGAAGGAACACUAUGUGAAGAUUAUUUCAACAUUAGAGAGAUACUGUACCAGCAAUUUGCUAUUGUAUAGCUUUCAAUACUAUUGGUUGUAUUAUAGUUUCAAGCUACUAAAUAAAUGUUCAUUUUAUUAUGUUGA